AUGAUUAAAGAAUGGAAACGUGAUAUUGACGCCCGACGAGAUGAAACAAGAAACUAUUUAAUUUUAGGCGAAGAUACUCUGGAAGUACGAGAUGAUGAAACACAGAUUGAAAUCGUAGGUAAUGAAAUUCCAACAAGUCCAAUUAAAACGAAAGUUACAAGAGUCCCACCUGUAACUGCAACCAAUUCGAUUUUAUUUCCCACAAGACAGGAUAUCGUUAAACAAUUUACGCUAAAUAUACAGCAAAAAUAUGCUUUUAUAAUUGUUACUAGUCACUUAGAUGGUGAACAUUAUACUUAUACCGAUACUAUCGAUAAUCAGUUAUUGAUGUGUAUACCUGGCUGUGGUGGCACUGGAAAAUCUCAGUUGAUUCGUGCACUCACCAAGUAUUUCCAACUAACAAAACGGGGCAAGAUGUUGCGUAAACUGGCGCCAACAUCUAUAGCAGCAGCUGAGAUUGACAGAUUAACUAUCCAUUCAUUUUUAGGUGAAAGUCGCAAAAACACUAAAAAGAAACAAACCCGUACAUUUAGACCUGGUGAUAUGAAAUUAGAAAAUGAAUGGCGUCAUAUGAAGCACUUGAUAAUCGAUGAGAUGAGCAUGGUAGGACUUUAGUCUCUUAGCUCGUCUAAAUCGAAUAGUCAAAACAGCGAAGCACAUAAAUUCUGAGAUACCUUUUGGUGGUGUCAAUGUCAUUUUCUUCGGCGACUACCUUCAAUAUUCUCCUGUUUUGGACAAGCCUCUCUAUUGUAGCAGCACACCGAUACAGCAAGUUACAGAACGUCAGAUAGAUAUGUCGUGUGCACAGUAGCUUAUGUCUGAAAUAAACUUCGUUGUUGAAUUAACUCAGCAAAUGCGAACCGAAGACAUAAGAUAUUUGGAGUUUUUAAAUAGAUUAAGACAUGGACAAUCGACAAUAGAAGAUUACCAACUUCUGUGUACGAGAGUUAUAGAAAAUCCAAAACUUCAACUGUCUCUAUAACAAAAGCCAUGGAACGAAAUAUGCACACUCAUUUUCUCUGCGUGUCAAAUUACUUUUCUUUUAAUAGGCUCCAAUACUGGUUUUUCGGAAUACGCUACGCACUCAGAUUAACAAUAGAGCUGUCUUAAAUAAAACAAUGAAAUGAGACUUACCCCAAUUGUAUGCAUUGCUCAAGAUUAUAUUCAAGAAAAACUGUGGAUGAUAUACGAUUACGUCAAGCAAUACUUGAACUACCUGACAAUAAAACAGAACAUCUUCCAGAGUAUUUACCUCUCGUACCAGGAAUGCCAGUUUUACUCACAGAAAACGUCGCUAGUGAGAUCAGACUCUCCAACGGUACACGUGGAAUCUUUCGUUGAUUUGUAUACGAUGAAUCACCAGAAGAUGUUCGAUACCAGGAUAAGAAUUUUCCACCAAAUACCAAGUUUAUAACGCAACCAAAGUACGCUUUGGUAGAAUUUCCUGGUUGCAAACUUGAUGACAAACUUCCUGAACUGCAAUCCAAGAUAGUUCCUAUAGCUAUUAGUGAACAAACAUUCUUGUUUGAUGCCAGGGAACUUCUUCCAGAAAAUGUAUCGAAAGCGGCCAAAAUAAACAAGAAAACAACAAAACUCUCGGUUAAACGUAAAGCACUUCCGCUUAUACCCGCAUAUAGCAUGACAACGUAUAAAAGCCAAGGCCAAACACUCGGUAAAAUUAUCGUCGAUCUGGUGAUGCCGUCUGACCCAAUCGAACUCGCAUCGAUUUAUGUUCCAUUAUCUCGUGUAAAGAGACUUGACGAUUUACUAAUUAUACGUUCAUUUGAAUGCAACACUUCAAGUUAAACCAUCAACGGCACAAAUAGAAGAACUUAAACGAUUAGAUAGAAUAGCACAAAAUACUCGGAAACGUUUUCAAUUCAUUGUUUAAAACAACAACAUCUGAAGAGUGCCGUGAUGUUCAGAAAAACCACCUAACGCAUAAAAAACUAUACAUUGCAUGCUCGAAAUUUGUGCGUUUUACAGUUCUCGCCCAUAGAUCAUUUUGUAAAACUUGUACGAAACGCUAUUUCAAAUAAAAGCCAUAAAGACAAAAGAGAAUGAAAAGAAUUUGAACUAUGCAAACGAACCGUAUUGAUAGAAAGUCACUAUCGCUUGCGCAUUCAACCGACAUCCCAAGCAGCAUUUGACAGCUAUCCACUACAACACAAGCUAUAUAUGACACACGGCAUAUAAGAAAACUUUUUAAGUAACUAUUUCAGAGAAUAAUAGCAGUGUCAACCAAAUUUUGCUACCAAUAUCUCCGCUAAACUCACAAGUGCACCUUCAUGUGACCUCAUCGUAACAAAACCACGAACUGCAUUGAGGACUAAAGGCAACCGAAUGACCCUCAUUUCAUUCAAUAGACUUUUAUAAACAACUAGUACGGUAGCAUUAACUGCCACACAUCACUAAAACUCACAGAAAAUACCCAACAAUACUGCCCCAACAGGUAUUUCAACCAUACUCAAAUCUAGACUGUCAGUUUCAAACACAAACACGGUGCCUAUUGGUGCAGGAUCCAGUGUGGAUGUCGGUGUCGAUAUGCAUAAGAAUGUUUCAUUCAAUUCCAAAUCCAAACACACACCCACAUUCCAACCCAUCCAAACGCACCGAACACCCGCACCCACAUCCACACACACUCCCAGACUCACAUCCAAACUCAACUCACUCCCACACUCGUCACACCCACACCCUCACCCUCAGCCUCAUCCUCACCCACACCCACACCAACACCCACAUGCACACCCCCACAUACACGCCCACACCAACUUGAAAACCUAUGCUUGGUCCAAAUCUUAACUCACAAAAUAUCAUUAGCGCAUAGCGAAACUGUAAAAAAAGCUAUGAUUCAUCCAAUUGGUCACUCUCGAAAUCUCAUUGGUGCAUGGCCAAACCGAGAAAACCCAUGAUUAGUUCAAAUGGACUCUCAAAAUCUAAUUGGUGCAUGGCCAAACCGUGAAUACCUACGAUUGCCCCAAAUGGCCACUCUCGAAAUCUCAUGGGUGCAUAGCCAAACUGUGAAAAUUUUUGAUUGGUCCAAAUGGCCACUCUCGAAAUCUCAUGGGUGCAUAGCCAAACUGUGAAAACCUAUGAUUGCUUCAAAUGGCCACUCUUGAAAUCUCAUUGGUGCAUAGCCAAACUGUGAAAACCUAUGAUUGGCUGAAAAUCUGUCACCUGAAAUCUGAUUGGUUGGAAUGCAGACAUCUGAUUUGUCGGGGAAGGGGGGAGGGUAAGGACUCUAUACUAAUCGAUUGGGUGAGGUGAAGAUCUGUUGUAAGAUCGAUGAUGUUGUAGGUGAAAAAAACAUUUUUUUGCUCUGUGCGAACGAACGAACGUACGAACGAAGUUAUGAACAUACGAACCUUGCUCGGUGUAUGACCCUCCUUUCAGUUGAGGGAAUAAACAAAUUGUUAGAUUAUCAACUUUUUUAUUCCAUCCUGGACUUUUUGCGCGAAUCGGUCUCGAAUACUUGUAUCUGUCACAUAUUGUUCACUACUACUACUGCAGCCUGGAAAUUUCCGCGGAUUAGUCAUCGACACAUAGUGAGCAAAUAAUAUGUGAUUUCGUGAGGACUCUUCCAUUAGGUGUCCAAUUAGCUAACGGUGAAUAGAUAAAUACUGAACAAAGGCUGCUCGAUAAAGAUACUUUUCACGCCCAUUUUCAUAACGAUCGCAUGCACGAAGAAUAAAUCGCUCCAUAACUAAACGACUUGUGUCCUUCUCUUCGGGCGUGUACCUAUCAGACUCUUUCGAGCAAAAGAAAAGGCUCUUCAGAUUGAUUGAUCCGACAAUACGUCGACCAAAAUUGUCAUGCAAAUAGUCAAGCACAGUUUGAUAUGGAUCAAGUGGUACAAUAUACUCAUCGAGAUCGAUUGCACCUAACCAUUCUGACUAAUCACCAUAGCGAAUCAGACAAUCAUGCAAGGCUUGCAUCUGAAAGUAUCGUAUUGGCAAAACGUCUAUCAGAGCAAGAGAUGAGAAAUUCCAUUGAACAACGUCAACUAGAUUUGGAUAUUUCCUAUUGAUAGUCGUCACAACAGAUGACAAGUGUUGAUGGGUGUCGGUUGUGUUGUAUAUGACAAACUUUCGAAAACCGACCAAUCGAUGGAAUUCUAUCCAUUGAGUUAAAUAUUCAGCUCCAUUGUGCAGUCGUGAAGUGUAUAAUGUUAAUGAUUCCUGGCUAGAAUUCGAUGGAUACACUGAAGGCAUUGGUGCAUGAAUAAAUGCUUUCAGAAUGGGUAUAUUUCGAUCUUUGUCUGUUGUUGAAGCGAGAUGUACUCGCAAUGUUCGAUUGUAUUUCCAUAAUUGAUCACUAGCAAACGAACUGAGUGAACAGUCGAGAAGAGAUACACGUUCAGUGUCAUAGUGCAUAUUGAAACUAUAUGCCGGCGUCACUGAUCUAUCAUUAAAAAUGCACCACAAGCUCAAUUGAUCAGGAGAGAUCGGCCGUGCUGAAUUCUUUUUCGGUAAGACAGCUGUCACAUCAGUAGCAUAGACCAUUAUGAAAGUUGCGCUUACACCAUACCGUACACGACUUGCACUAGCACUGAGUACAAGCAAAUGACCAUCAGUUGAUAGACAUGGCACCAUCGGUAUGUUGUCAUCAACAGCUUUAGACCAGGUAGCAAUCAUAGUAGCCAUAUCUUGAAGACGAACUUGCUCAUCAUAUGUGUGCCCAACCCAGGUCAAAAAAUCCGACGACGGAUCCGAUCGGACUCGAAAACCGACAAAAAUCCGAUCGGAAUCCGGGUUGCAGAAUUCCGAUCGGAUCUUAUAAUCGGAUGCUCAUACGUUUCAGAUAAUUUCCGAUUGUUGAAAUCCCCCUUUAUUCCGACUGUCGGAUUCCGAUCGAAUUUUUACAGGAUUCUAUCAAUCUUUAAAUCUGUGAUCGAUCUUAUGUAUUAUGAUAAUGUUUGGAAUCUAAAUUUUACCGUAGGUGUGGCGGAAGGGUCGUAUGAAGUGAGCCAAAGUUGGCGUGAGCCAAAGUAGAGUCCAUUACUCCAUACUAUACCCACUGUAAAUAUAUAGUACUCUAGCAUCGGAAGUAUCUUUCCCACAACAGAACAAUACUACUCACAACUCAGAAGUGCUAUUCCCAAAACAGAACAAAAGUAUUCGCUACCCGGGAGUAUCAUUCCCAUAACAGAACAAAGGUACUCACUACCCGGAAAUGCUAUUACCAAAACACAACAAUGGUACUUACAACCCGGAAGUACUAUUUCUAAAACCGAACAAAAAUACUCACUACCCGUAAGUGUCAUUCCCAUAACAGAACAAAAGCACUUCCGGGUAGUGAGUACUUUUGUUCUGUUAUGGGAAUGAUACUUCCGGGUAGUGAGUACCUUUGUUCAGUUUUGGGAAUAGAAGUUCCGGGUAGUGAGUACCUUUGUUCCGUUAUGCGAAUAGCACUUCCGGGUAGAUGAGUAUGUUUGUUCUGUGUUGGGAAUGACACUUCCGGGUUGUGAGUAUUAUUGUUUUGUUUUGGGAAAACGGUUGGAUGACGGUGAAGUAACGGCUCGCAUUUUGAUUGAUUCAUUUUCCCUAUAUGAAGUGAACCACAAUUUUCUGGUUAGCAUGUUUGGCUCACUUCACACGACCGCCCAAACAUGACUGGGUGUAGUCCUUAUAAUAAGCAAAAAACGUCCUCCUGAAAUCUGAUUGGUCGAUUUUAUUGGCCAAUCAGAUUGAGAGAUUCUAGUUCUCAGCUAUAGAUAAGGAGGGGCCCCAUAAAUAUACCCCUCAUCUGCUAGAGCGUCCUCGAUAACCAUAGGAUCGGUCCGAACAUGACUAGGUG